UCUCUUUCAGUAACCAUAUGACACAAGGUGGGGUUCCGUCUACAAUUAUGUACCCCACAAGCGCACGUUAUCACGGCGCGCUGUCCAUAACUCGAAAGCAAUGAGCGCUCGACUGAAAACCACGACCAGCCGAGAGCCUAGACUACCUCCCCUCCGUUUCCAUGUUUCUCGGAACCCCAACGAAACCCUAGUCCUUCUCCGGAAUCUCACAAUGGCGAGGAAAGCCUCCCUUGCCAAGAAUGCCCUGGCCAUGGCCGCUAUCCUCUUUGCCAUCUACGUCAUCUUCAACAUAUUUCAUGGCCUCAACCCCACCUCAAAGCUUGGAUCGGCCCUACCUCUUGGCACCGGGGAAUCGUAUUCGAUCUCACUCAAUUCGAUGAAGAAUCUACACAACAGUGCUGGAAAUCCUGUCAGAAUUUACCUCUAUGAUCUCCCGAUGCGGUUCACUUAUGGAGUCAUCCAGCACCACUCAUUGGCCCGCGGUGGUUUACCGGUUGGUGACCUCACGAAGCUCAAUUACCCUGGUCAUCAACACAUGGCGGAGUGGCACCUCUUUAAGGAUUUGCUCCGACCCAGUUCUGAGCGAAUUGGAUCGGCUGUUGUCCGGGUUUCGGAUCCGGAGGAUGCAGAUUUGUUCUACGUGCCUUUCUUCUCGUCAUUAAGUUUGAAUGUGAACCCUGCUCGGCCGGCAGCGGAACCGGGUCUAGACCCGGUCAGACCGGCUUACAGCGAUGAGGAAGCGCAGGAGGCGCUGGUUGAAUGGCUGGAGGGCCAGGAAUACUGGAAGAGGAACUAUGGGCGAGACCAUGUGAUUAUAGCUUCGGAUCCCAAUGCGCUGUAUAGAGUGAUCGAUAGUGUUAAGAAGAGUGUUCUACUUGUUUCCGAUUUUGGUCGUUUGAGGCAGGACCAGGGGUCGCUUGUCAAGGACGUGAUUUUGCCAUACUCUCAUCGAGUUAACAUUUAUCAGGGCGAUUUCGGUGUCGAAAAUCGCAAUACCUUGUUAUUCUUCAUGGGCGCUCGAUACCGCAAAGAGGGAGGUAAGGUUCGUGAUUUGCUUUUCCAAAUACUUGGCAAUGAAGAUGAUGUUACAAUUAAACAUGGAGUACAAUCUAGAGAGAGCCGACGUGCUGCUUCACAUGGGAUGCAUGCAUCAAAGUUCUGUCUAAAUCCUGCUGGUGAUACACCAUCAGCCUGUCGUUUAUUUGAUUCCAUAGUCAGCUUGUGUGUGCCUGUGAUUAUCAGCGAUGACAUUGAGUUGCCUUUUGAAGAUGUUAUAGAUUACAGGAAGAUUGCUAUAUUUGUUGAAACCACUGUGGCUUUAAAACCUGGGUUCUUAGUGUCAAUGCUGAGAGCAAUAACCACUGAAAGAAUUCUCAAAUAUCAGAAAGAGUUGCAAAAGGUGAGGCCUUAUUUUGAUUAUGGAAGUGGAACAGUGAAUGAGAUCUGGCAUCAGGUGGCACAAAAACUACCUUUAAUUAAAUUGAUGAUUAACCGUGACAAACGGUUUGUCAAAAGGAAUUUGACUGAACCAGAUUGCUCAUGUCUCUGCUCAAACCAGACUGGCAUUCUAACGAGCUUUUGAUGCAACUUUUGCCUGGAACAAUGGUGCUAGUUGUACCAUCAUACAAUUUUUCUUUCUCCAGACUACACUUCCAUUUCACCAGUUCAUGAGCACAAAAUUUCCUUAGCCCUGUGUAAUGGGUUUCAGAAGUUAGAUUGCAAAAUCUUUCUCCGGGUUAAAAGUGUGCAAGAUCUGCCUGAGAUUUUUUUGUAUAAGAUUGUAUACCUUUUGCUGUAGGAUGUAGAUUCUUUUCUCUCACUUGUAAUUCCAUUUUUUUCACACAUGUUAGGUAAUAAAUUAACAGGUAUGUCUGAUUCUCUAAGCCUGUCACUCUUAUUCUAUAGCUCUUUCAAAUUUGUAUCCUAUUACAGGGUGUUGAUGAGUUGAUAUGUAAACAUUCUAUUCCGACUAUGAAAACAUACUUUUUUCCCCCUAAAAAGUAGAGGGUUUGCCUUCCGCUUCA